CGAUAACGAUUGCUCGAAUUACAAGGGCUCACAUAUUCAUCUGUGGGUUAUAUUCAACAUGGAGAUGUCUUUUAAGGGCAAAAGAGCUUUGGUUACGGGUGGAAGCAGAGGAAUUGGGCGAGGAAUAUCAAUAGCUUUAGCUAAAUGUGGUGCUGAAACAGUUGCUAUAGGAACAUCACAAACUCAUUUGGAUUCCUUAAAAGCAGAAUGUGAGAAUAUCACCACUAAAAUAGUUGAUCUGUCUAAUUGGGAUGAAUCAAGAGCAGCAAUAGAAAGUUUAGGACAAUUUGAUCUGCUAGUUAAUAGUGCUGGUAUAUCUAAACUUGACAAGUUUUUAGAAGUAAAACCUGAAGAUUUUGAUAGUGUAAUAAAUGUGAAUGUGAAAGCUUUAAUCAAUGUAUCACAGGUGGUUGCAAAAGGGAUUAUGAAAUCUGAUAAGGGUGGAGCUAUUGUCAAUUUAUCAAGUGUAGCUUCGUUCCGAGGGUUAGAAAACCACACAGUUUAUUGUGCUUCAAAAGGAGCUGUUGAUGCUAUAACUAAAGUUAUGGCCCUUGAACUGGGCAGUAAGAUUCGAGUGAAUUCUAUCAAUCCAACAGUAACAAUGACUGAUAUGGGGAAGAAGGCAUGGGGAGAUCCAAAGGUAGCAGAUCCUGUACUAAACAGAAUUCCAACUGGUCGUUUUGUAGAAGUGGAUGAUGUAGUGAAUGCUGUUUUAUUUUUACUGAGUGAUCAAGCAGCAAUGUUGAAUGGUGUCCAUUUGCCAUUAGAUGGUGGAUUAACAAUACAUUAAUAAAAAGGCAGUGCCUUAUCUUUUCCCGAUGCCAAUCUUUUAUGCACUAAAUAAAAUACAUCAACCAUUUUCUGUAUAUUUUAUGUCAAUAUUUAAAAGGAUUAGUC